GUGUCAGCCUUAGCAUUAUGUGGUGGUGCCUGGUUAUUUCUGUUGUGUUUAGCUUGAGGUUUGGCCACUCCUCCAGCUGCUGUUACAUGUGUCACGCACGGCGCUCUUCCUGUCGUGUCGUUGCUGGUAUGUUGUAGUAACGUUCCACAUACGUUAUUUAUGUCAAGGUCAAUGUCAAGGUUGAUCUGUGUGCUGAGGAGAUGGGGAACAACGUGCAACCUGCUGCUGCUCUCCUGGGGGACAUCAAUACUAUUGUCAAGCAGCUCCUGGAGUACGUUCAUAAAGAUGGCUGGAGGUAUCCAGCUGAUACAGAAUGGUGGACCACGUUGAAAGAGAAGAUGGUUGCUAUGACAAAGGUGACAAAGGCGUUAGCUCUACAGUCGACAACACCCAUGAACUACUACCAAGUGUUCCACCACAUCUCCCAGCUGCUGCCCCACGACUGUGUCAUCGUGAGUGAGGGGGCCAACACCAUGGACAUCGGGCGCACCAUGUUGAACAACUACCUUCCUCGACAGAGGCAAGGCAUGCCGCCUCACACAGAUAUCAAAGGUCAAAUCCGCCAAGUAUCCUGUGCCUUUGCCCUGAAGACAAGUAGGAAUGAGUUGGGAUCUGUUGAUAGUUCUGCCUGA